UUAAUGAUACCGCUUAUGAGCUCCUUUGAUAUCCUACGAAAGGGUGAACUUGGCAGAGAAAGAAGUACGUCCGUCAUGGAAGGCGCUGACAGCGAUGACUCUAAUGAAAACAUUGCUUGCUGCAAACCCAUGUCGGCUAAGAAGAGGCAGCUUUCUUCAUCAUCAUCAUCCAACGAAGACACUCAUAAAACUCUCAAAAAGCAAGUUUUGUGCAGUCAUUCUCCUGGCCAGGAUGCCUCUUCUCGGAGCUCUGACAGGCUAAAGCAACGACAGUCCAGACAGUUUGCUAUGCCCUCCCGACAAGAAGUGUGGGAUGCCAUCCCGACAACCAAGACCCCCGAGAAGACCUAUCCUGGCUUGAAGCCUAGAAAACUAGUCAACAAUUUUACACGAGUCAACCACCGCUACAACCACGACCCGGCCUACACAAGCGACGAGGGCUCCUCUUUAGAUGGCUUCCUGGCGAUGGAAGACGACAGCAGCAGUGACAGCAGUGACUCCGACUUCUGUGACAACACACCACAGGAGCCUGAUCCUCGCAAGAAGAGGACAAAGCAUCGUGUGAAAAACCGAAGACUUAUUCUGCCCUCAUCAGGGUCUGACACUGAAUCAAGGUUACCGGAAACAUGUCAAAACGAGGAGGGAGAUGUCCGAAAAUUGCUUCGACAAAAACUAAUUAAGAAGACUAACAGUGUUGAUGGAACCAUUGAUGGCGACACUGCGCAUGUGGUUGGCAUGAAGACAGGGGUGAAGAAAUCAAGUAAAGUUAUAGAAAGUAGCUCUGAUGAGGACAAACCAUUGAAAAGUAAAGGUAGAAGAUCAUCCUUGCGCAGAAAGAAAUCAAGGCAUAAUGAUAGAAUUCAGGAUUCAAAUAAUGGCGAUAAUAAUGAUGAUGAUCAAGGGGUGAGCAAGAGCAAUCAGGAUGGUCUUCGUGUUCCUGCACUUCCAUCUUCACUUGAACCAAAUACUGAGAGCAUUGAUAAAGACAAUGACGCUGAAGAAGACGAUGAUGAUAGUAGUGACAGCUCUAAUGGAGAAUUAGAAGAUGAUAGUGAAGAUAAUGCACCAAGAUCGAUGCGGAAAAAACGGAAAUCCCUUCUGGAUAGUGAUAGUGACAAUGGUUGUGAUGGCGACAGCCCGAAAGCAAAGCCUGACAGAGCUGUCCGUCAGAAGGAUAGACGGGAUAGUUUGUUCAAGGAUUUCAAACAAGCCCGAUCCAAAUAUGAAACAAAGACCAAACAUGGCAGAUAGCAGAUUAAGCCUGUGGAUGGCAACUGAUCGGUCACAUGGUAUUUCUGAAAACAAAUGGGCAGAGAAAAAAAAUCAAUUUGAAUGUUUAUAUGUCCCUCGAAGGUUGACAGUUUUCAACUGAAAACUUCAUAGAAUUGUAAAUGGUCGUACAUAUCCUUUUUGCGUUUUAUUUUGAUAUUUUGUUAAGUUUUGCUUUUGACUAAUAAAUGAGAACACACA